GACAGUAAACUGUCAAAGUCGUAAUUUUCAAUUUUGAGGUUAGAGUAUUAUUGGCGUAAAAAUAAUGAAAUAAAUUGAUUUAUUCUACUCAAGUUCAAGAUAUUUUUGGGACUAAAUAGCAGAAUCAUAAUGGCGUUAAAUCCGUUAAGGCUUGUGUGCCUGCAAAAGGCUGUUCAAAAUGUAUUCACUACUAUGGCUAAACGACCAAUGGCUUAUAAAAGUUCUAUCUCAUUGGAAACUCUUUAUCCAAAUAGCUCCCUAAAACUAACUUCACCUUCUUUUAGUGUAGAUGCAAAAGACAAGUUUUCUGGCUUCAUUCCCAUCGAAAAGCUGGUAAUCACUUACAGUGCCAGCUCAGGACCUGGAGGACAAAAUGUUAAUAAGGUCCACACGAAGGUUGACCUUAGAUUCAAGCUCAGUGACGCAGACUGGAUCCAUCCUGAAAUUCGUCAAAGAAUGCAGGAGAUGUACUCAAACAAGCUGACAAAGGACGGCUACCUGAUCGUCCGGUCAGACAUCACUCGCUCCCAGCAGCUGAACCUGGCCGACUGCAUGCAGAAAGUACGGAAGUUGAUCCGUGACGCUGAGCUCCCCGAGAAGGUGGCCAGCCCGGAAACUGAGGAGAGGAUCAGACAGAGACACCUGAAAGCAGCGCGAAUGCGUGUAGCUGUGAAACGUGAAGCAGCUAUCAAGCGCACUAUGAGACAGCCACCCUCCGCUUUUGACUUAUGAUUCUUUUAUUAAAUUGGGCAUACAACCGAUGGCUGGUACUCCUAUGAUUUGCACUACUUGCUCACUUAACUGAGAAUAGAAUCGUUUGAGUCUCAGCCUAAUACUUUUACUGUUUUGAUAGUUAGUUUAGCCAUUAGUUAAGUAAAUAAAUAAUUAUGUUGUGUUUUAA